CUUACAAAAUGUUUGAUCCCAACUUUUAAUAAAAUUUCUCUCUUUCAAAACAAAACUUCUUGGGGUAAUUUUAGUUUUAGCUUCUAACCAAUUCCAUGGCAUCUCAACAACUCCAUGAACAAGACCGAUUCGAGUUUCGAGAGACGUGUUGGUGUAAAGGUGCUAGUAACUUAGAGGAAGUGAAACGAGUAUGGAUGCAAGAGUUCAUGGCUCAGCUUAAACCUUCAAUUGGAGAAGAGGUUGAAAACGCUUUAAAUCGCGUACUCCUACCAUAUCUUCCAUUGUUGCAAAAACCUAUCCUGCUUCCAAAUUCAAGCUCGUUGCUUCAUCAAGCUGAGUCAUCUGCAUCAAGGAGCUUGGAAUUGCAAUUUACGGGUAACAUACCUGAUACAAUGUUAACUAUGGACAAGAUAGAAGAUGAGGGAGCUUCACUUGAAGUGGAGUUGCUUGAAUCUGGAAAGAGAGUAGAGAUUGGCCCUGAAUCCUCUAUGAAGAUUAAGAUUGAUGUUCUUGAUGGUGAUUUUGACAUCGAAGAUAGAGAUGAUUGGACAGAGGAGGAUUACACUAACAAUAUCGCCAGACCAAGGAAGACCAAAGGAGCACUACUCAAGGGGAAAUGCGAGAUUGUAAUGAGCAGAGGAGUUGCUAGUGUUAGUCACAUUGCUUUCACUGAUAACUCGAAAUCAAUGAGAAAUGGAACCUUUAGACUUGGAGUUAAGGUUGUAAAGGGUCUUCCCCCUGGAGUGGUUGUAAAGGCAGCAGUAAGCGAGUCGUUUGUGGUGAAAGAACGCCGCCUGAAAAAUGAUAGGAAGCAUAAGUUUCCAUCUGCAGAGGAUAAAUUAUGGCGUUUGGUUAAUAUAAGAAAUAACGGGCAAAUAUAUCAAAGAGCUGUGGGAGUAGGAAUUUGUACAGUGCAAGAUUUCCUACAAUGCAUUCAUACUUACCCAGAAGAACUGCAACAGAUUCUCCGUGUUCCUGCAACGAGAUGGAAUGCAAUAGUGAAAAAUGCGGAAGCAUGCAAGUUAAUGGACAAGCUUUACAGAUAUCAUCAUGAAGCAUCAGGGGAUGUUCUUCUAUUAGAUGGCGCGUUCAAUAUUAAAAGUGUUGCAUUCAAGGGUCAAAUGAGGCAACCAUAUAAGGACCUUGAUGAUUUCCACAAGAAACAAGCUGAUUUAUUACGGCGUAGUGCUUAUGAGAAACGUAGCGUGCUUGAAAUGAUUGAUGAUCCUGCCACUCAAAGAUCAUUUCAAGCCGUAUUCCCAUCUUCAUUUGGUGGUGAACAACAAGAAGAGCAACAGCAACCCCUACCACCACCAUCCAGCAUGAACCCCGGUAUAGGUCAGCUUUUGGGAAUUCAGGAUGGAGGCAGUCUUAUAUCUGAAGCAAUGUGCAGUAUUCCACCCACAAAUUAUCAGUAUCAGGACAAAGGUCCUAUGCUCGAUAACGAAGAUGAAGAUUGGGUUUCUAUGAUAGAUAAGUUAUUGGACAACGGUCCUCAGGAUCAUGUUGAUGUUACCAGUAAGCUAAGAGCCGUGUGUUAUGUGACUAAAGCUGCUGCUCUGUUCAUGAUUUCAUUUCACCAAGAUGCAAGUAACCCUAAUAAGAAGCGAAAGUUCCAAUGACACCAUGAUCUUUUGAGCCUUAUAGUACAGUACACUAUCAGUAUCAGUAUCUCGCUUUUGCAAUACCUGCAAAUCUCUUGGCUAAGCAUAUACAGAGUACAAUAUCUUUUUUUUUUGUUUCAACCUUGAAUAUGUUUGUCAGCUGCCAAGACAAUGUACAUAUUUGGCUUUAUGUUAAAGCUUCAAUGAGAUUGGGUAACUAUUUGUAUAAUGAAACUUUGCUAGUUUUCUUUGUUGGAUAAAAUCUGGUUUCCUCAUUCUUGCAA